GUUAGAAGCACUUUAUGACCCUUUCAGCAUAUAUCAGAGGAUUCACUCAACUCUGAGCACCACAUGGAAAUGGAGGACCAAAUGGAAAGCCAGAAGAGAAGAGGAGUGAGCAGUGAUAAGUUAAUAUCUGAAGGGCCAGUUGGAUCUCUGGGAUGUUGUGGCUGGGUGCUGGUCAUCCUCUCAGGUUUUUUUGUUUUUUUGACCUUCCCAAUAACAAUCUGGGCUUGCUUUAAGAUUGUUCAGGAGUACGAGCGGGCCGUCAUCUUCAGGCUUGGUCGCAUUACUGACCGAAAGGCAAAAGGACCAGGAAUUUUCUUCAUUUUGCCAUGCACUGAUUCUAUUGUGAAAGUGGAUCUGAGAACUGUGUCAUUUGACAUCCCACCACAAGAGAUUCUCACAAAGGAUUCGGUCACUGUGAGUGUGGAUGGUGUUGUGUACUUCAGAGUGAGUGACCCGAUCGCCUCUGUGGCCAACGUGACUAACGCUGACUUCUCCACUCGGCUGCUGGCACAAACCACCCUCAGAAAUGUUCUUGGCACCAAGAACCUCGCAGAGGUCUUGUCUGAUCGGGAGGGCAUCGCCCACAGCAUGCAGUCAAGUCUGGAUGAAGCCACAGACAACUGGGGUAUCAAGGUGGAACGUGUGGAGAUCAAAGAUGUGAAACUGCCUCAUCAGUUGCAGAGAGCCAUGGCUGCCGAAGCUGAAGCAGCUCGAGAGGCCAGGGCAAAGGUGAUUGCAGCUGAAGGUGAAAUGAAUGCCUCCCGGGCCCUGAAGGAGGCAUCCCUUGUUAUUGCAGAGUCUCCAUCAGCCCUGCAGCUCCGCUAUCUGCAGACUCUCAACACCAUUGCAGCGGAGAAGAACUCCACCAUCAUCUUCCCACUGCCUAUGGAUGUCAUAUCUCACUUCAUGCGCAAGUGAGGCUGCUGAAGCUAUCAUUUGGAGUAUGAGGAAGGAGUUGGGUUGCAUUUAUUGCCUAUGCUUGAGAAAAAAAUCUACCAGAAUUCACUGCCAAUCCUUCAUGGCUUAGUGAUUGUUAGCUUUGAUCAAGCAGAGUCUUUCUUAUGGAUGUGAUAUAAAUAGAAAAUGGAAUGCCAAUGCAAUGUAGUUUCUAAAUUUGUGUCUAUAAUGAUGUUAUACAAGUAACUUAAUGUUUUAAUAAAGGUGUUUGUUUCAUUGUGUUGAAAAACUCCAAAUGUUUCUCUUGUAUCUUAAUUCUGGAAACUCCCAAAUGAAAUGCUAAUAAGAAGUUACAAAGGAACUAAAUGUGUUUUUGAAAAGUCAUGUUUUGAUUUCAUAAACUCAUAAUGACACAAGAUCAAAGUAAAACUCUUGGCUUUUUCAAACAUUUUUCUUUUAUAAUAAAAAUCUGAAAAGCAUGUUGUGCACUCUGGUACAAAGUCUCUGUGCCAAUAAUUGUCUUCAGAAGUCACCUAAGUAGUAAACAAUCGUGUGUAAUUUAAUUUUAGUAUGUCAAUGAUUCUAAAGUUUAAUGAAGAAAAAAAAACAUUCACAAAUAAACAAUCUACUUAAAGGGA